AUGCGGGCGCUGGUCGAUUGUGCAUCGCAAAUUAGUGCUAUCACGGCUGCCGGUGCCGAUAGAUUAGGUCUUAAACGAUCACGCUGGACAGCUCCAAUAAGUGGUUUAUCGGGAGUCGAAGUAAUGAACGUACAAGGCCGGGUCGAGUGUACUGUACAUCCGCGAUUCUCGUCCGAGCCCGCGUUAGCCGUACACGCGUGGGUGUUGCCCACGAUAACGAACGAAUUACCUACCAAAACGUUAGCCGCCGACAUUAAGGAUAGGUACUCCAACUUAGCGUUAGCGGACCCGUCGUUCCAUGUGUCGUCCCCUGUUGACUUGUUGUUAGGCAGUGACGUUUUUGCGUCAAUUAUGGACGGCCGUAAGAUUUCGGUUGACGACGCGUUACCGUCGGCGUUUAGCUCUGUUUUCGGCUGGAUUUUAAUUGGUCCGGUGUCCGUUGAUGAGACCGGCCCGCGACAAUCGUUGCCAGUUUCGUUAACUGUUUCCAUUGAGGGACUCAUGGAAAGAUUUUGGCACGUUGAGGAGCCAGAGGUAGCUCCUGCAACGUUCACUGAUAAUGGGCGGUGCGAACAAAUUUUUGUCGACGAAACAAUACGUUUAUCGACUGGUCGAUUUUCCGUCCCGUUGCCGUUCCGUGUACCGGCUUCGGACGACUUGUUUGUAGCGUCCCGUGAUGUUGCGAUACGGCGUUUCGAGUCACUCGAACGCAAAUUGUCCGCGGAUCCAUUAUUAAAAUCAUUGUAUACUCAAUUUAUGUCCGAAUAUAUAUCGUUAGAGCACAUGUCGGUUGCCACGUCCCCGGGGUGCUACUUCAUUCCGCACCACGCUGUAUACCGCCCGGAGGUGGACAGCAUUAAAAUACGUGUAGUUUUCGACGCUUCCGCGAAAUGUGGUCGCGGGCCGUCAUUAAAUGAUUGUCUAUUUUCGGGGCCUAAGCUCCAACAGGACAUUGUAGACAUUCUAACGCGGCUCCGCGUACAUAUAUACGUCUUUACGACCGACAUCUGCAAAAUGUAUCGGCAAGUUUUGAUUUUGCCAAAAUAUCGUAAGUUUCAACAUAUUUUGUGGCGAGCGUCGCCACAUGACAAACUGCUCGAAUACGAAUUGAAUACGGUCACGUACGGCGUUAAGAGCCGGCGCAAAUUGGACCCAGCCCAUGUACACGCCACGCGCAGCACACGUGUGACCGAAACCCAGUCCAAUAUAGAUCAUAAGAUGACAACAAGCCAGCAGCAACUUCUUCUCGAUUUAGAAUCUGAAUCUGAGGACGAUGAAAGGUAUAAAGUUUCACACCUACUCGGCAAAAAAAGAAAAAAAAGUAAAACGAAUGAAUAUUUACGAAAAAGAGAGAGUCAUGGAGAGUUUAAGUUAUCCAGUGAAGUUCCAGAUAGUGUGUUCAAAGAGUCGUUUAGAUUAAACAGAAAACAGUUUAGUGAAAUUCAUGAAUUAAUUAAAAUGGAUAUCACUGGUCAAGAGUGCAAUGCACAAAAACCUAUUGGAAGUGAAGAAAAACUAGCAGUAUGCCUGAGGUAA